AUGAUCCUUAUAAAUGAAACGGACCUUCAUCACGCAGUUGUGAGUUACAUUAGAGACAACUACCCAGAGGCUGUAAUAGUACCUGGCCUAGGUGAGUAUCAGGACACUGUGUCAAAGAGAUGUGACGCUUGGAAGAAGGGAUACAAAGGUGGUCAGCCAGAUCUUAUUAUAGAGAAUCCUAUGGGGAAGUACAAAGGAUUUGCCAUUGAAUUUAAGUCUCCUAAGGGCACUGGGGUUGCAAGUGAGAGGCAAGUGUUAUGGCUCCAGAAGCUUAUGAGAAUGGGAUAUAUGGUAAUGACACCCGACGACUUGAUAAAAACUUGUAUUAGAAUUAACGAGUACUUUUCACUUAAGAAAACCGUAAGAAAAGUUGCAGUGAAAAUUACCGCUAGUGGUGUGAAGACUUACAGGCCAAGGUUCAAAUCAGAUAAGUACUAG